CCUUGAUGUGCCAUCUUAUAUCUCCAUCAUAACUAUUAUAUCUGUUGCUUUGCUUUCCCAUUCACACACAACACCAACAACAACAACAACAACAUCAGACUCCUAAAAGUGAAGCAAAAGAAAAAACAUGCAUCUCAAAUCCAUCCUCCUCGGCUUAGCGGCCGCCAUGACGACCGUCUCGGCUUCUUCCUACUUCUGUCCUCUUGCUCUGGAUAAAACCGCCAUGAUCCAAUCUGCUUAUUGCUGUCAGGGAUUCAAAGACGCUCCUCAUACGAAUUUAUCCAAGGUUGGGGUGAAUUGUGUUGAUGUGAAUGAUCAUUGGGUCGAUGAGUGCCCUAAGGGUGGCACACCAAAGUGUUGUUAUGCCAUUGGUCCUGAGAUUAUUUGUACGUCGGAGGUGGGGAAGGCAGAUGAUGAUGAUGAUGACGAGUAGAUGGAAUUCGAACAUGAUCUAAAAAGAAAUUGGAGUUGGAGUGCUUAUGAGUGCUGCAGAAUAGAAGAUGAAGAUAGAUGGAGGAUGAUUUGUAAAGCAGAAAGAGGGAGAG